AGCCGCGUUCUGUGGACUCGCAAGUGGGACCCGCGCCCGCAAGAAACAAUGCCGCGCUCCUUCCUGGUGAAAACGCACUCCAGCCACAGGGUCCCCAACUACGGGGAGCUGGAGACCCAGAAAGAAAUCAAUGGUUCCUGUUCUGCCUGUGGGGGGCUGGUGGUGCCCCUCCUCCUCCCUGACAGGGCGGCCCCUCUCAUGCCUGUUGACCCUGCCCAGCCCUGGGACCACACCUCUGGCAUCACCUGCAUCUCCCUGCCCCUCCCAGAAGCUCGGAGGGCCUCUGAGCCAGACCCCUUGGAAGUCACCUUGAUGGACCCUUGUGCUAGCCGGGCUCCCAGCAUACCCCUCAAAGACAGCCUGAACCACCUCAACCUGCCCCCACUGCUGGUACUGCCCACGCGGUGGCCCCCAUUACUGAGCCCAGAUGGGGACCCGGCUCCAGACAGACUGCUGGGGGCUGAGCACGCCCACUGCUCCCCAGGUGGCUUCCAGUGCACCCACUGCCACAAGCCCUACCACACACUGGCUGGGUUGGCCAGGCACCAGCAGCUGCACUGCCACCUGCAGGCUCAGCGCUGUUUUACCUGCAAGUACUGCGACAAGGAGUAUUCCAGCCUGGGCGCCCUCAAAAUGCACAUCCGCACGCACACGCUGCCCUGCAUUUGCACCAUCUGCGGCAAGGCCUUCUCUAGGCCCUGGCUGCUUCAGGGCCACAUUCGGACCCACACAGGUGAGAAGCCCUAUGCUUGCUCUCACUGCAGCAGGGCCUUCGCCGACCGCUCAAAUCUCCGAGCCCACCUGCAGACACACUCCGACACCAAGAAAUACCAGUGUAAGAGCUGCGCCAAGACCUUCUCCCGCAUGUCACUCUUGGCAAGACAUGAGGAAUCUGGCUGCUGCUCCGGUCCCUGAGAGGGGCGACUUUCAGCAAAACAAGAACCACUGUUUCAUUUUCCACGUGCUCUGGUUUCGGCUUCUGUUUCUUUAAGAGUUAAAGGCUGUCGGGGGACUGUCUCCAGCAUGGACAAUCCUCCAUCAAGAUGACGAAGAGCGCGGCCUUUGGAUCUCUUCGCAGCAACUCCACGGAGACAGCCCGACCUGUGCUGAGCACAUUGCACACUCUGACCUGCACGGGCAGAGCUACCUCAUGGCUCACCUCCUCCUGCCUUGGUGUGGAAUCUGGGCCACGCUGCCUCGUGUCACACGUGCGCACCCAUACCCUCCCCACCUCUGAGAUGCAGCAGCACCAGGAGGGCCAGCAGCUAGGUCCCC